AUGGAGACCGACAUCGCGGCCCUCAUUAACGCUGUCCGGGACAAUGUUGCGAAGCGUGUACACGCCACGUUUCCUGACAUGGAAUCGAACACCUUCAGCAUCAUCGUGAAACAGACAGUUGCCGCUAUGAAGACCAGCAUCCAAGAGAAGUACGUGCAAAAUGCAUUCGCGGGAACCUGCGCCUGCUGACGAUUGGCCAGCGAGCACAAGAUGAAGAUCACCGGGUCUGGUACAAACUUCCUUUCUCUGUCCGCGGAAUUGCGAAACCAAAUCUACGAGUACGCGCUUCAGCCCAAAGAUGCCUCUGUUCCUCGUCAGAGGUACUGCGGAUGUGGAUCUAUGAGCACGUGCUCAGCCACCAAGCUUAAACCCUGCCGAAAAGACAACAUGCAUGAUCUGCGAGUCUCCCGCAAACAGCGUCACAAGAUUCCAGCCCUCCUCCAUGCUUCAAGACAAGUGCGGUCGGAGACCAUGGCCUUGUUCUACAGCGACAAAUACUUUGCGUUUCGGAUCCCGACUCCUCAACUUCGUAACGAAGCUGCUGAUUGGCUUCGUGCGAUCGGUCCUACCCAAAAGGCGAUGGUGCGGAAAGUAAUUCUGCGAUUCCAAAUGACGUCCGGACGGUUAGCGAUUUGCGUUUGUAGAGUGCUCCGAGGGAUGUCAUUCUUUCGAAGUGUCCCGCUCUUUAAAAUUCGAAAGGAGCACAUCCUCGAAGCUUGUGGUCUUGACGAAUUGGAUCGGAAUCUAUUCAAGAUUGAAUACAGGCACCACGAUGGCCGUAUAGUGGAGCUAAAGGAGAGCGACAUGAUCUCGAUUUCUGGUCCGCACAACAUGGAGGGAGAAGAGUAUUUUGAGCUAGUCUGA